AUGGCGAAGAGAAUCCCUAUUCCCAAGAAUGGCGUCGACUACCGCGGCAAAGUGGUCCUCGCGCCCAUGGUUCGCAGCGGCGAAUGUCCCUCGCGACUGAUGGCCUUGAAGUACGGUGCUGAUCUCGUAUGGGGUCCUGAGACCAUCGACAAGGCACUCAUCGGCACAACUCGUCGCGUCAAUACCGUCACGAAUACCAUCGACUUCACCCGCCUCUCCUCCAACGGCUCCAAGAACCCAGACUUGAACCCUUCGCAGCGCGAAAGCAUCAUCUACAGACUAUACCCUUCUCGCGAAGGUCGUCAGCUCAUUCACCAAAUUGGCACCUCUGACCCGGAAAGAGCUGUUGCGGCUGCGAAAUUGAUUGCAGGAGACGUGGCUGGCAUCGACGUUAACGCAGGAUGCCCGAAGCCAUUCAGCACUCUCGGAGGUAUGGGUGCUGCGCUACUCAAGACACCGGAUAAGCUGGUCGCAAUCCUCGAGGCACUGGUCAAGGAAGUAGGAGGACCCUUUGAAAUUGGCAUCAGCGUCAAGAUCCGCAUGCUGGAGAACCCCGAGGACACAGCAGCAUUGGUGCGCAAACUGGUCGCCACUGGAAUCACUGGUCUUACGCUGCACUGCCGUACAACACCUAUGCGACCACGCGAAAGCGCUAUUCGUGAUCAACUGCGCAUGGUUGGAGAAAUUUGCCAUGAAGCAGGCGUCGCAUGUUUGAUGAAUGGCGAUGUGACAAGCAGAGAUGAAGCACUUGAAUUAGCAGAGGAAUAUGGCGUAGAUGGUGCCAUGAUUGCGACAGCCGCCGAGGCAAACCCCUCAUGCUUCCGCGCCGAGAAGGAUGGUGGUAUCGCACCUUGGGACCAGGUGGUCAAGGAAUACGUCAAAACCGCCAUGGACGUCGAGAACAGAUGGGGCAAUACAAAGUACCUACUCGGGCAGAUGAUACCUGGCAAAGCGAAGGAAUAUCGCCCCAUGAACCAAGCCAAGAGUUACAGCGAUAUUGUUGAGAUCAUGGGAUAUGAAGAAUUCAAGGACCAGGCUCGUGAAGUGGAUGAGAAGCUCGAGAUCAGCUUCGGCAAGAAGGAGACUAGGUCAGAGAGAAAGCAAAGAGGCAACCAGGCAAAGAAAGAGAGAAAAGCAGAAGCAAAGGCUGCGGAAGAAGCACAGUCGCUGAAGCGCAAAGCAGACGAUGCCGAGCUCAGUGUGCCACCCGAUGCUAAACGCCAGGCAGACGAUGCUGAGCCUAGCAUGCCAUUGGACAUUUCACGAUCCGAAGCGCCUGGAUCGGUGACUACUGAGCAGGUCCUCGCAGUAUGA